UCGACUCAGCGAGGGCCACAACACCACUCACACCUAGCCGCUUUGGCAGCUUCACUAUCAUGCCCCGUCUAAAACAUCCUCCAAUCGUGACCGACCAGGUUGAAGAUCCCUCGGUCCUAAGGUAGGCACCAAUGCCAGGUGUUGUUCGAUCGGCCCUUUCCUGGUCGGGUGGCUGGGCCGGGAGGCUGGGAAACCUCGGCGGCCGUAUAACCAACCACCUCAGCUGCGAUGCCGGCCCAAUCCAGCAGCUUCCUCCCUUGCUUUUCUACCUGCUGCCAAUGUCCUCUUAUUACCUCGUGGGCACGUUGAGGGUCCACAUCUGGGGAAUGUCCAUCGGAUACUUCCAGUUCCACUGCAAGUGAGCUGCGCACCGCAUACAUUCUUCGGUUGAUUCUCGGCCGCCAUGCUCGCCCCGGGUUCUGGGAAUGUGAGUCUGAGAACUGUCAGUUCAAGUAGGCCACAACUGAUGCAUUCUCAAUCUCAGCAGUCCGUCGCUGCCUCGGACGACUACUACUCUUUCUCCAGUCCCUCCUCCAGUGCGAGAUCCCGAGCCAGCGGCAGUCGAAUCACCGUGGCACGGUAUGCGACACCAAACUCUCAUCCUCCGACCCGAACUCCAUCUCCUAGCGUCUCUCGAACACAUCUAGCCCCGCCGCCUGGUGCACGAUCGGAGCAUUCUUUGAGUGCCCCGAGCGAGAGCAGAAAUUUUGCCACACCUGCUUCUCGGACAAUACGUACAGUUGACGAGCGAGACACUGAACCGAGCCACAUGUCGGAUACCACUUCUCGACGGGAACCCAGCGAUAGCUAUGCGGGGCGACCGACUACUCCGGGGUUGGAUGACUCGCCAUACAUUCAUUUCGCCAUCAGCCAGCUCACGCGUGAUGAGGAGGUGGCCGGCCCCAGACGGCGAAGCUCGGUCACUAGCAAUGAUAAUCCCCUCGAGCCACUGCUUUGGGAUGAAGGAUUAGGCUGCUUUAUUCGCUCACCUGGGCCGUCGACAACACCAGUACGGCCACCGCAACAAUCCUCGGAUUCGAUAGGGAGGGCCGCUCAGAGCUCGGUGGACCCGGAAUCAUUUGUUGCGGUUGAGCCUCCGGAGGAUAGCCUGCUGUAUCCACCAUUGGACUAUGUGCCUGUUGUCCUACGAACAUGGGCCCUGGCAGCGAUUAUCCUAUGCUGUUUGCUCAUGAUUGCGGGGAUAUCUUUCUGCAAUGUGUGGUCUCAACGGCAUCCAGGGCUCUGGGACUACACGGGAUUAGGUGGCUCGCACUAUUUUGUGAUGCAAUUUCUCCCUCAGAUUUUGGGAAUGAUCAUCACUAUUUGGACGUUUGUGAUCCAAGCUGCCCUGUAUCGAACCAUGCCGUUUGCCAUUAUGGCGUCAGAAAGGCCUUUCGGUUACGUUCUGCAGAACCUGCCGAUCUUGUCGCAGAAUUUUCUGAUACCGGACUUUUCCCAUUUCCGACAUGGAGAGGCAAUAGUCGGGUUUUCACUAUUCACCAUGUGGCUCUCAAACGUGAUCACGCUACCGCUGCUUAGCUGCCUCUUUCAGGCGAAGUGGUACUCGAUAGAUGGGGAGGGGACUUGGCGGUGGGCUUCAGUCUUAGAAGUCGGAUGGACCCUCGUGGCUAUUUACGCCUUGUUGGCGAUUGGACUGAUCCUGCUCAUGUUUCGUUUUGUGCGCACCUGGUCCGGCCUGAUGUGGGACCCUGUGAGUCUCGCCGACUUGAUUUCGAUUAUCCAGCGAUCGAACAUUUUGCACGAUUUUGAACAGUCCGAGACGUUGCCGGAUGUGGGUGAAUCGCUGGAUCCACGACUUCUCCGAUUAGGAUACUGGAAACUAUCUAGCCGAGCAGAAACAUUCUACGGCAUCGGUGAAGUGGAUGCACCCGUUCGGACGCCGUCUUUACAUCGCAAAGAAAAGAACCUCCAGAUGCAAUCGCAUGGCCUGUCACGGGUAUCUUUCGACCUUGAGCAGCAUGAUCUUACGGAGAAGGAGGAGUAUUAUCAACACCUGUACUCGCCGGCUAUCCGCUACCGCUGGGUUCCAUGGUUCCUUCGCGACGGCUUUGUGAUUCUGUGGACGGUAAUUGUUGGUGCCUUAUUCAUUGCAUUUGUGCUGGUCAGCUUCAUUCACGAUGCGAUCAAGGGCGGAUUUCCCCCGCGUUUGCCAACAUUACCGUCGACGGGCGCCUUCUCCUCGUCCAACUUCUGCUAUAGCUUUGUCCCGGCGCUGAUUGGGAAUAUUUUCUUCCUCGCGUGGCAACCCAUCGACGUCUAUUUCCGUGCGCUGCAGCCAUUCGCGACUUUAUCCUCUCCGAACGGUGCUCGGGCAGAACACAGCCUUCUAUUGUCUUAUCCAUCGUACUAUCCGUUCCAGGUGACCAUUUUGGCCCUCCUCAAUAAGCACUACAAGGUGGCUUGGAUCUCGUUUAUGAGCACGAUAUCAGCUGCCAUUCCUAUCCUGGCCGGAGGGGUAUUCAUCGCCUUGUACCACCCAUCGGAUGACGCGAUUCGGAUCUCGGCAUUGAUGCCAGCGUUUUAUACCAUGGUAGCUUUCUGCGCAUUAUACAUGCUUUCUUUUCUGUGCAUCUGGCCUCGCCGCUGUCGCCGUUUGCCACAUGAGGUCAACACACUGGCCGAUCAGAUGAGCUUCCUCUACCAAAGCCCAUUGCUCGCGGAUAAGAUACUGCGGGAACCGAGAAGUAAAGCAGAUCUGGUGACUCGAUUGGUGGUCGCACCACCCGGGGAUCGGGAGCAUUCCAUGUACGGCUUUGGGAUCUACGUGGGUAGAGAUGGAAAGGAACAUCUGGGCAUCGAUCGCUUCGACCGUCCUGGGCGGGCGGAUAUGUUGAUUACCACGGGGUGUAUGAGGUAGGAGCCUCGAAUCCGAUACGUGGUUGUAUGAUGAUUGGGUGGAGUUUUGCAUCGCAUUUCCACGAGAUUAUGCCUAUUUUGCUAUGAUUUAUGUGUUAUGAUCAGCGACGAACUCACGAUAGAGUUGCAUACCCUUGACUGCACUGGUUUAUUAAUGAUAAUGUGACUGCGAUGUAUUAUGAGUUGAUGAUUGAUGGGUCUAUCUUUUUUGGUUUAUGCUUACUCCUACGGGAAUUUGCUUGAUAUCCUGACAGUAUUGUGAUUUCGAAUGAACAAG